CCCUUUGCGCCUCUCCUCGCCGACGCCAUGCUGCAGUUCCUGCUUGGAUUUACUCUUGGCAACAUGGUUGGAAUGUAUCUGGCUCAGAACUAUGACAUACCAAACCUGGCUAAAAAACUAGAAGAAAUAAAAAAGGACUUGGAUGCCAAGAAGAACCCCCCUAGCUCAUGA